AUGAAAGUUACCAUAAAGAGUUGGACCGGUGUUUCUACUUGGAGAUGGAUCGCAAAUGAUGAUAAUUGCGGAAUUUGUCGAAUGCCUUUUGAUGCAAGUUGUCCAGAUUGCAAAACUCCCGGUGAUGAUUGUCCUUUAGUAUGGGGCCAGUGCUCGCAUUGUUUUCACAUUCACUGUAUUAUGAAGUGGUUAAACACGCAGACGACCAGUGGCUUAUGUCCCAUGUGCCGCCAGGAAUGGAAAUUCAAGGAAUAA